UUAAAUAAAAAAGACACAAUUUAUUUAGCAAUAAAUGGAAAAAGUACAAGUAGAUGUAGAAUAUUGUGGCCUCUGCAAUUACGAGUCACAAUGUUCUGAAUUGCGAGACGUUGUCCUAAAAUUGGUCCCUGACGCUGAGGUUCAGUGCCGGAAAGGAAGACAAGGGUCAUUCGAGGUGCAAAUAAAUGAGAAGUCCGUUCACUCCAAACUCUCAUCUAUGGCCUUUCCGAACUUCAGUGAUGUAGCCAAGAAUGCCAAAAAAGCAGCUGCUGGAGAGGAUUUGGGUCAUGUCCGGCAUCAACCCAUCACAGAUUGCGUCCUUCAGUAAUUUCUACUCAACAAUCUCAAUUCUAUCGAUGCAGCUGAGUACUGAAUUAGUAAAAUCAUUCAUCUGAGACAGAUAAAUGCCAAAUUUCAUUUUUCCCUCAAAUUCCCUGGCCAGCGUUCUCAGUGGCUCAGCAGUUUUCUCCCCUGAUCUUUGAUCUAUACAGAUCAUCUGACAUCUUGUGCAUUGACCAUCGACUUUGAAGAGAAUCUGACCAAUUCGCACAAUUUUCCAGGCUGCUUCUUCUAAGCUUUUGGAAGAUUUUAUCACAAUAUUCCCGCGAAAACGAUCAAUGACAUUUGACAGGAGACCCUCACGAUCCCCUUCUUCAUCCCAAUCUCUCACUUGGUCCAUCAACCAUGAGACUGACGUUGAAUUUAUUAGCAGGAAUUGCGCCUGAUUCGCCAGCGAAAUUUCCGGGCAAUCCUGCAAACUUCCAUUCUUCCGGAAGAAUCGCUUCUCAUCAUUAUUCUUCCGCAAAAGCCGAAGUCCCGGCAUAUUGAGGGCUUCUUCCAGCCACUGAGCAAUCUUUUCCCCACAAUCAAAUCCCUGAACCCGAUCUCCACAAACUUUACUCUGACACAGGCUUGAAUCUUCUAUCAUCCUCCCUCUCUCGACAUUCAACUUCAACUCCACGUCAAUGCUCUCCAUUUCAGGAAAAUUGAGAAUCAUCUUACCCCUUUCCUGGUCAAUACUUGGCCUAAUCAGGCAGAGCCUUGUAUUAUUUUUCUGGGUCAAUGCAACCCCCUUCUCCGUCACAAUCAUCCAUUCCCUGUCAAACAGGAAGCCACGCGGAGUCAAUGGCCAUCUAUCAAAAACUUUAAAUGCCGCACAGGAUUUUAUGGGAUAGAUGCAAAUCAUUUCUAAUUUUAUCUCAUCCAUUUUUGCUACUGGAAAUCUUUUGUACAUGCUCGAAAUACUUUCCAGUUGAACUGGUAACUUGGUCGGGCGACAGUAGCAGUUCUCAAUCAUGUUUAUGAGGGCAUCGACAUUUGCCUUUGUCGUCAUAUACCCCAUUGAGACUCUAAUGGAUCCGGUGGGGAUACCAUUGAUCAAGUCAUAUGCAUCACCACAGAUGUGACCAGCCUGGAAAUUGGAGCAAAUCAAAUAGCUCAUCAUUUUGUGGAAUUAAUAACAUUUAAAAUAAUUACAAUGCAAUUGCGUGAAA